CCGCCCUCCGAGCUCCUCCGCGCGGCCACCUGGCGCGACAAUACGGCUGCAAUUAAACCUUGUGUCAGCCGCCGUCUCUUGCCACCUCGUACUAUCUACGCUCGCCCCCCCCCUGCUCGAAUGCCUGCGUAUUCAAUCCCGACUUCUUACUACAACCUGACUUAGACGACACCACGAACACUCCCACGAGCCGACAUGGCUCCCCCGGCAUCUGCCCCCGCGCACAUGGCGACAAUGACACUCAAGAUUGAUGGAAUGACAUGCGGCGCAUGCACCUCGGCCAUCGAGUCUGGUUUUCAGGGCGUCAAAGGGGUUGGAAAUGUGUCGAUAAGCCUGGUAAUGGAGCGGGCAGUGGUACAACAUGACCCUAAUGUCAUUACGACGGAUGAAAUCAAGGAAAUCAUCGAAGACCGAGGAUUUGACGCAGAGGUGCUGUCGUCGGACUUGCCAAUGUCGCAUAGCGCAGACGACCAUUUUCUGAGCGACUCGGAGGACGAAGAAGAGGACGUGGCUGGAAACAUCGCAACCACCACCAUAUCAGUAGGCGGCAUGACCUGCGGCGCAUGUACUUCUGCAGUCGAAGGCGCAUUCAAGGACGUAGCUGGGCUCAAAUCGUUCAGUAUAUCACUUCUCUCGGAGCGUGCUGUGAUUGAACACGACCCUGCAGUCAUCUCUGCAGAGAAGCUGGCAGAGACAAUAGAAGACGUUGGCUUCGACGCCGAGGUACUGGAUACCGUGGCCACGACCCCCGCACACAAGAAGAGCAAGAGCCGGAAGCAGCAAAAGACCAUGACUACCACUGUUGCCGUUGAGGGCAUGACAUGUGGUGCCUGUACGUCAGCCAUCGAGGCUGGAUUCAAGGAUGUGGAUGGCGUGCACCAAUUCAACGUCAGCUUACUCGCCAAUCGCGCCGUCGUCAUGCAUGACCCUUCGAAGCUCACCCCGGACCAAAUCGUGGAGAUUAUCGAAGACCGAGGCUUCGAUGCCCAGGUGAUUUCGUCUGUGGAUGCCAAUGUACAGCAGUCGGCAUCGAGCAAUGCACCCGUGCAGCUCAAGAUCUAUGGACUCCCCAAUGCCAGCGCUGCCCAGGAACUCGAGGGUCUCCUGAGAAAGCAAUCUGGAAUCAAAUCUGCAACAAUCAACUUCAACACGUCGAGAGCCACCAUUCAGCGAGAGCCGCAGCUUGUCGGUAUCCGCGCCAUUGUCGAGGCGGUCGAAGCGGCAGGCUACAAUGCACUUGUCGCGGACUCUGAAGACAAUGACGCACAGCUCGAGUCCCUCGCCAAGACAAAAGAGAUCCAGGAGUGGAGGCGUGCCGUCAUAUUCUCUGCUUGGUUCGCUGUGCCUGUAUUCCUGACGAGCAUGUUCAUUCCCAUGUUUUUGCCAUUCCUCAACUUUGGCGGCAUUAAGCUGAUUCCAGGACUCUAUCUCGGCGACGUCAUCUGCCUCGUUCUUACCAUCCCGGUCCAAUUUGGUAUCGGAAAGCGAUUCUACGUGUCUGCAUACAAGUCGAUGCGCCACGGCUCACCUACCAUGGACGUGCUCGUGGUGCUCGGUACCUCGUCUGCCUUUUUCUUCAGCAUCUUCUCCAUGCUGAUAUCGCUCCUGAUUCCUCCCCACAGCAAGCCAACAACACUGUUCGACACUAGUACCAUGUUGAUCACCUUUAUCAGUCUGGGUCGUUACCUUGAGAACAGCGCCAAGGGUCAGACUUCCAAGGCGCUGUCUAACCUCAUGUCGCUGGCUCCGUCGAUGACCACCAUCUACGCCGACCCUAUCGCCGCUGCCAAGGCCGCUGAAGACUGGGAUGCCGACGAAGAGAAGCUGGAACGCCCAUCGGUGGAUGGAAAUGCUGCUGAAGAACGGUCCAUUCCUACAGAACUCAUUGAAGUCGGUGACGUGGUUAUCCUUCGUCCUGGCGACAAGCUCCCUGCUGACGGCACGGUGACGCGUGGAGAGUCGUACCUCAACGAGAGCAUGGUCACGGGAGAAGCUAUGCCCAUUCUGAAAAAGAAAGGCUCUCUGGUCAUGGCUGGAACUGUCAAUGGCAACGGCCGUCUGGAAUUUGUCGUCACUCGAGCCGGUCGCGAUACGCAGCUCAGUCAGAUCGUGCGUCUGGUUCAGGAGGCUCAAACCAGCCGUGCUCCCAUCCAAAGACUGGCUGAUAAAGUUGCCGGAUACUUUGUUCCAAUCAUCAUCACUCUCGGUCUCGCCACUUUCGUUGGAUGGAUGGUCCUCAGCCAUGUCCUUCCCUACCCUCCCAAGGUCUUCCUCGACCACGCCAGUGGCGGCAAAUUCAUGGUCUGCGUCAAGCUCUGCAUUGCCGUCAUCGUCUUUGCGUGCCCAUGUGCUCUUGGCCUUGCCACGCCUACGGCUGUCAUGGUUGGUACUGGUGUUGGCGCGGAGCAGGGCAUUCUCGUUAAGGGUGGCGCUGUGCUGGAGACUGCAACCAAAAUCAAGCACAUCGUCUUCGACAAGACUGGUACGCUUACUGUCGGUCAGAUGAGCGUGUCCCAGGCCAAUAUUCAGGGCGAGUGGGCAAGGGCUGACAAGAAGCAUCUCUGGUGGACACUUAUCGGACUGGCUGAGAUGGGCUCUGAACACCCGAUCGCCAAGGCUAUUGUUCUUUCUGCAAAGGAGCAUCUCCGUCUGGGACCUGAAGACAGUCUGGAUGGCUCCGUUGGUGACUUUGAGGCUGUCGUUGGCAAGGGCAUCACGGCAACAGUCGAAGCAGCCCUGUCGCGCGAGCGCACACGGUACAAGGUUUUGAUUGGUAACACUGCCUUCCUUACCUCGGAGGGUGUGAAUGUGCCCGAUUUUGUCGAAGAGCCACUGACGCCAUCCGCCAUGGCCAACCCCCGAGGCGGUCGAUCACAAUCGGCUGGUACUACGACGAUUCACACGGCUAUUGGCAAGACAUACACGGGUACCCUCAGCCUGUCGGACACCAUCAAGCCCUCGGCUCGCGCAUGUGUGCUCGCACUGUCUCGCAUGGGCAUCAAGUCAUCGAUUGUCACUGGCGAUACCUCUGCCUCUGCCCUGGUUGUCGCAGCCGCGGUCGGGAUCGACCCUGCCGAUGUCCAUGCCUCGUCUACGCCCGGCGACAAGAAAGCUAUUGUGGAAGACCUCCAGUCUCGUGGAGUGGUCAUUGCCAUGGUUGGCGACGGCAUCAACGAUUCUCCCGCCCUCGCUGCUGCGGAUAUUGGUAUUGCCCUUUCUACCGGUACAGACGUAGCUAUGGAGGCUGCCUCGAUUGUGCUCAUGACGCACACGGACCUGCUGGCUAUUCCCGCGUCCCUUGUCCUCAGCCGCGCAAUCUUCUUCCGCAUUAAACUCAACCUUGCCUGGGCUUGCAUGUACAAUUUUGUUGGUCUUCCGUUUGCCAUGGGCUUUUUCCUUCCUUGGGGCCUGUCGCUGCACCCCAUGGCGGCUGGCGCGGCAAUGGCAUGCUCGUCUGUUAGUGUGGUUGCCAGCUCUUUGCACCUCAAGUUCUGGAACCGGCCUAGCUGGAUGAAGGUGAGCGUCCUGGACCCCAACGCUCCGAUUGACGAAAAGGACCUGGAGAUGGAGAGGCAAGGUCGCAAGGGUGUGUUUAGCUUCGUGAAGGAGUGGAUCAGUGAUGCAUGGGCGGCUAGGAGGAGAAAGAAGGAAGAGGCUAGCUACAUGCUCCUGAGGGACAUGGGAGAGCAUUGAGGUGGGCGGGCGCAUUUGGGUGGUGUUGGAUAGACGGAGUCGAGACAGCGACUGUUGCUGUGUUUGCUGGAGAAGCAUUCAGGAUACCACUGGUUUUUUAUUAUUUCCUUGUUCGCGCAUUGUUGGUAGAUGUCUUGACUUUUGUACAUAGCCGUCGACUUGUCCUAGUGCAGUAGCAGUCUUUGUAUAUGCAUAUUUCGCAAAC